AUGGAUAAUCGAAUGGUUCAAGAGCUCGAUUUAAUUCGAUUUCCGCUUGAUAUUACUGCUGGCGCUCCAACUAAGAACAGAAGGCUUAAACGACAAAACGAAAUUGCUAUCAAUCCUGAGAAGUCGGGAUUCUUUUACUCCAUUGAGCUGCAGGUCGGCACCCCUGCCCAAGCCGUGAGAGUCAACUUCGACACUGGCUCUGCCGAGCUCUGGAUCAACCCUGUUUGCAGUAAAUCCACUGACCCGGGAUUCUGCGAGAAACUUGGCCGUUUCAACGGCAGUCAGACUUUUGUCGACACAAAUACGACUAAUCGGAUCGGAUAUGGAACUGGCUUCGCGAAACUCGACUACGGCUAUGAUUACGUUCAGAUCGGAUCCGCCAAAAUCAGCCAGCAAAUGUUUGGCGUUGCCACCGAUAGCGAGUUUGCUUCAACGGGCAUCUUGGGUGCUUCUCCUCAGCUGAAGGGCUGGAAGAACGAUUAUCCCCUCUUUUUGGACAACUUGGCUGCCCAGGGUUUCAUCAAGAGUCGCGCCUUUUCACUUGAUAUCCGCUCCAUUGAGAGCAAGCGAGGUUUCGUUGUGUUCGGCGGUAUUGAUACCAAGAAGUUUUCUGGUCCCCUGGAGAAGCGACCCAUUAUCCCUGCCGCCGAGUCCCCCGACAAACUCACACGGUACUGGAUCUAUCUCGACGGCGUCUCGGUGACCAAGGGAGACGGCUCCACGGCGGUGAUCUUUGAUCAACCCAAUGGUCAACCUGUUCUUCUCGACAGCGGCUACACCGUCUCUGCCCUGCCCACAAGACACUUCAACAAGAUCAAGGAAGCCUUCCCCGAUGUAUCUGCUCCUCCCGAGGAUGACAAAUCCGGUCUGUACCGUGUUCCCUGCGACGUUGGCUCUAGAAACGGCUCGGUAGACUUCAAAUUCGGCAAGACCAAGGUUGUCGUUCCUUACAACGACUUCAUCUGGAAGCAACCCGAUAAGAACAUUUGUGUCCUCGGUGUCACACCCGACGAUGACUUACCGGUGCUUGGCGAUACCUUCUUGCGCGGCGCAUAUGCCGUCUUCGACCAGGACAAUCGCAACAUUCACCUUGCCAAUCAUGAGGACUGUGGUUCUCGCCUGGUCGCUAUUGGCACGGGUCCCGACGCGGUUCCCUCCGGAGAAGGUGACUGCGGCAAAUCCAAGCCCACGACCAGCUCUGCAAUCCCUACUCGUUCGCUUACAACUCCCCUUACUAUGAACAACAGUACGACUGCCUCUGUCAAGCUCACAGUCAGCUCCAGCUCUGUUAUUUUCAACACCACCACACCGGCUCAUUCCACUCCCUCGGUUGAUGUUCCUGGCAGGCACAGCACUGUCACCUCAGCCAAACCAUUGAGUCCCGCUUCGAUUUCUACUGGCCCUACCAACGGCAUCGUCAUGUCCUCCAGGCCUACUGCCUCCGCGGCACAAUCCGUCAAAAUCAGCGUUGGCGGCGGCAACAGUAGUAGCAGUAGUGGCGGCGGCGGCAGCAUCACGCCUCAAGCUAUUACCACGGUGUCAGGGCCUCUCCCCAACAUUGUCUGGCAAAACGUCGCUGUACCUCUCACUUAUACUUCAAUAUUCAUCACCACCAGCGUUCGCACCAUCACUUCUUGCCCGCACUACGUCACUGGAUGCCCCACAGGAUCUGUCACGACGGAGACCAUGACGGGCACGACGACUUGGUGUCCCGGCGACACAGCUCCAUCUGGAAGACCUCGUCAAACUGCUGAGACGGUAAAACCGGCCAUGACUUUACAGUCUCUGAUUGCGUCCGAGCCGAGUAUCACAUCUGUCUUCACUACGACCGAGACGCACACAAUCACCUCAUGCUCAGGACAAGGUUCCUGCAAGAAGGGACACGUCACCACUGAGGUCAUCACGUCAACUACCCACCUUUGCCCCGAGUCCACGGCUACCUUCACCAUUUCGCGAACGCACACCUGUCGUGAGGACGAGAAUGGAUGUGAGCCUGGCGAUGAGACCACGACCGUCUUCACUGUUACUAUCGAGCCUCACACGACUGCCGACAGGCCUACUCCCGCCCCUGGCUGCGGCGACAACUGCGUCCUGCCUCCUCCGGCUCCAACGUCAGAUGUCGAGGCCCAGCCAAGAGUCACCGGCGUCAUGACGGCUCCUGAACCUACCACCACCAUUGACGGCACGAAUGGCGACAUGACCGCUUCCGCCAAACCCGUCGAGACGGCCUGCAGCACAUGUGGUUCAGAGACCGUCUCACCACCUCUGACAGCAGGUGCUUCUGGGUCUCGCGCUCCCGCCAUGGCCGGUGCCAUUGUUCUCGCAGCCCUGUCUGUCGUUCUAUAA